AUGCAUUAUGGAGCAAAACAGUGGAUUUGUACUUCAAACCAGUUCCAUAGCCACAACAUCUACUUUGGGAAGAGUGCACAUACCGACCCGGGAAGCAACAACCCGCAGUCGAUCCAUCCGAAGUCUCAUGACCACAAGCCGCGCACAACCGCACCGCGCAAACAGGGAGGCAUCACCUCACGACCGCGCAACACGACCUGUGUCACACACACAAUCACAUCGUCCGACCAGGAAGGCAUCGUCCCACGUCCGGACGAAACCCUCGACCAAAAUCACCCGUCCGGCCGAACUCAACGAACGAACGACAAAUCUCUCGGCCACGAUCGACCCGAUCGUACCGAUGGCCGAUCACAACCCGAUAGCCGGCCGAACGUCCUGACCGACUGUCCGAACGGUCCGGUCGACCCGAAGCCGUUUUUGAAGCCCAUUUUACACAAUUCAAGCCCAACUACAUGGCCGACUUAUUAG